UCUGCACAGCCGUAACGAAAGGGAAAUUUUUAGUGUUUCUUUUUUAAGACAAAUCUGUUUACAUUGUCUUUAGGAAUCUAAUACAGUAUCACUAUUAACUAAUAUAGGCUGCAUUCUAAGCGGGCAAAUUACGUUCUAAACUUCGAACACAAUAAAUCAAUACACUCGGUUUGAUUAUUGUGUGGAAAGUUGUUACCAGCAUAAAAAUAUCGCGCGUUUGUAUACUAGUUUUAUCUGCAUUGAUUAGACCUAUUGGCAUUGUGUCUCAAUCAAAGGAAGGCAUAGAACGUGGGGUAGGCCUGCUGACAAACAGAAAUGUAGAUAUUCAGACUCAUGGCAUUGGAUAUUAAUACUAUAGUGAUUAAGUCAAUACUAUAGCCGAUACUGUAUCGAUAAUGGAGUAAUAGUAUCAAUUAAGCUGUUGGUAUCAGCUCAUUUAGUUUUUGUACAAGAGAACGUGGUUCCUCUAUAACGCGACCCAGGAACGUUACCAGUAUAGGCAUGGCAUCGACAGAGGAAGCCCAUCCCGAGAACAUACCGCUUGUGAGAUCUAGCGACGACGGUAAUGACGGUGACUGGAGGGAUACAGUUCACAUCCAGCUAAUGCGUUCCACGCGCGCUCUCGUACAUUUGUACAUUGUGAAGCUACUAGUCAAGUUAACAGUCGGAUUUGUAGCGGGAAGUCUUACUCUAUUUUCCAAUGACGUUUGGCAAUUCAAUGAUGAAGAAGGAGAAGUUCUUCUUUUAAGUUUUUACAACUCAAUAUCACCGUGUCUCCCUCUACUUGGUGGCCUCUUAGCAGACACUGUGGCCGGUACUACUCGGACCACUAUUGGUGGAAUGAUUUGCAUAACAAUUGCUUGUUCUUUGUUUUCAUUGGAUGCGUUUCCUUUCGAGGAAGUGGGAGGUCUGCCGUUACCUGCUACACGCUCCAUAUUUAUUGUGGGUCUGUCACUUCUUUUCGUUGGGGGUGCUGGAUUUGAUGCUAAUAUUGACCCCCUUGCAGCCAAGCAUAAGGAACGGAAGGGAUACACAGCCGUAAGAACAGUCUUCCACAGUUUAUUUUGGUUUGAAACAAUCGGAGUUGCCAUUGCGAUUGUCUUUAUUGAUUUACUUGAAGAAGAGUUGAAUUUCAGCCUGAUCUAUGGUAUAGGAAGCUUAUUGAUGUUAACCGCUGUGGCUGUUAUAGUAACGGGCCGUCGUUUCUAUAUACCAAGUUCUCUACCAAAGAAAAAUGUAUUGGUUAAAACAGGGGCUGCAAUUUUGGAAGCCAUUACUAGGCGUUUUAAUCAAAAGGCUUCAGAUGUUCCACGUGCCAGCGAAAUAAAAUCCUUCCUCGACUACGCAAAGUUAAAACAUGGCGGAACAUUUCAAAACAAGUUUAUGAUGGAUAUUAAACACCUGUUUAGGACACUACCUGUCUUCCAUACUGUCACUUUAUACUCCAUCGUUCUUUAUCAGACAAGAUACAAAAACAAGAGACAGGAUUCUCAACAGCGAACUGAAUCAAAAUUUAAAAUGAGUCUCCACAAACAACAACAUACCAAUUGCAGAAUCGUAUACAAAACGGCACACAAACAAAAUGUAUUGGUUAAAACAGGGGCUGCAAUUUUGGAAGCCAUUACUAGGCGUUUUAAUCAAAAGGCUUCAGAUGUUCCACGUGCCAGCGAAAUAAAAUCCUUCCUCGACUACGCAAAGUUAAAACAUGGCGGAACAUUUCAAAACAAGUUUAUGAUGGAUAUUAAACACCUGUUUAGGACACUACCUGUCUUCCAUACUGUCACUUUAUACUCCAUCGUUCUUUAUCAGGUGGACACUUCAUACAUUGACCAAACACGUAGAAUGGAUUUAGGAGCAGGAAAUGUUGUGUAUCCAAAUAUAACGUUUCAAUUGGUCUCAUCAUUUGUGAUCGUAGUUACACUGCCGAUUCUACUCUGUGUUUAUCCUAAAACCGACGGCUCUAACCUCUUCAAACUGACGCCAUUGCGGAAAAUAGGAAUUGGUAUUGUUUUCGCCGGGUUGUCCUUAAUUUCUGCUGCCAUUGUUGAGGCCGAGCGUAAAAAUGUUAUGCAAGAAGGUGGAUACUUCAUACAAACAGUCAACAACAUUUCCUAUAAUGCAUCACGGCUCAACGUCCUUUACCAGAUUCCACAAUAUACAUUUAUUGGUAUAAGUGAGGCGGUCAUACGAACGUCAGGUCAGUAUUAA